CUCUAUCACAGCAGCAUCUCAUUCCCCCUCUUUCUGUCUCUCUCUCUCCCAGGCACGCUCCCUCUCUCCGUCAUAUCGGCGGGAGAGUGAUUCACCCCCCUCCUCCUCCCCCAUCGCUCGAACUGGAUUGUACAGACAGAGGCAAGCUGAGGACACAGGAGAGGAGAAAAAGGGCUCGAUCAGGGAAGGAAGACGUGGAAACACUACACACUGGAUAACAUUUCCUCUCUGCUGGCAGGGGGCUACAGAGCAACACAGUGACACUGCAGCAGUAGCAGCAAGCAGCGGUCUGGACUACAGCUUUGACUCACCGCUCUCUGAGGUAAAAAACCAUGCGUUCCCGUAGCAACAGCCUAGAGGACACAGCAACGGCCAAGCUGGCUCAGCACCAGGCACGAUCACAGCGGGGGGCCACAGAACGUGAGGAGCCCCAGGGCAGGGGUGCAGGACGGGCCAGGCACAGGGAGCCCCCCGAUGACACAGGCACAAACACAGGCACUGUCCAGAGAAAGGAAAAUGAGGGCAGUGGCAGCAGUGGGAGUGGCAGUGCCAGCAGUAACAGUCGGAGGGAGAAGGCAGCAGGCGGGAAGACCAGGGACCUCUCCAGAGACGACCUUCUGUUCCUUCUCUCCAUGCUAGAAGGAGAACUGCAGGCCAGAGACGAGGUGAUCACGGUGUUGAAGGCUGAGAAGAUUGACUUGGCCCUCUUGGAGGCCCAGUAUGGGUUCGUCACCCCACAGAAGGUCCUUCAGGCCCUGCAGAGAGACACCGUCCAGAGCAAGGCUGAGACCUUCCAGGAGGACAUCUACGAGAGGCCCAUGGCUGAGCUGGACAAGCUGGUGGAGAAGCAGAGGGAGACCCACCGUCGCAUGCUGGAGCAGCUGCUGCUGACUGAGCAGUCCCACAAGUGCGCCCUGUACAAGCUGGACGACGAGAAGAGGAACCAUGGAGACUUCAUGAGGAAGAGUGACGAGUUCACCAACCUGCUGGAGCAGGAACGAGAAAGACUGAAGUUGCUCAUUGACCAGGAAAAGGCCUAUCAGGAAAGGAAAGAGGAGGAGAACAACAAGAAGGUCACCAGCCUAAAGGAGGAGCUGACCAAGCUGAAGUCGUUUGCGUUGAUGGUCGUGGACGAGCAGCAGCGCCUCUCAGAGCAAUUGACCCAACAGACUGCUAAGGUCCAGGAACUGACCGCCAGCGCCUCCCACACCCAGGAAGAGCUGAGCUCUGCUAAUGCAAAGGUGCAAGAGGGGGAGGAGAAAGUUUUUCGCUUGGAGACAGAGCUAGGCGACCAAGCCAGUCGCUUUCACCAGGAACAGGAGACCAUGACAGCCAAACUGACCAGCGAGGAUGCCCAGAACCGGCAGCUCAAGCAGAAAUUGUCCACACUCAGCCGGCAGCUGGAUGAACUGGAGGAGACCAACAAGACCCUCCGGAGGGCCGAGGACGAGCUCCAGGAGCUGAGGGACAAGAUCAGCCGCGGGGAAUGUGGCAACUCCAGCCUCAUGGAUGAGGUGGAGGAGUUACGGAAAAGGGUUCUGGAGAUGGAGGGGAAGGACGAGGAGCUGGUCAGAAUGGAGGACCAGUGCAGGGACCUCAACAAGAAGCUGGAGAAGGAAGCCAGCCAAAGCCGUAGCCUGAAGGCUGAUGUGGACAAGCUGAGCCACAGGAUCAUGGAGCUGGAGAAACUAGAGGAUGCGUUCGGCAAGAGCAAACAGGAGUGCAACGCGCUAAAGUGCAAUCUGGACAAAGAGAGGACAGUGUCAAAUGUUCUGUCCAGGGAGAUGGACAUCCUGAAAGCGAGGGUCAAAGAACUGGAGGCCGUGGAGGGUCAGCUGGAGAAGACAGAGCUUACACUAAAGGAAGACCUCACCAAGCUGAAGACGCUGACGGUCAUGCUGGUGGAUGAAAGGAAGACCAUGGCUGAGAAACUGAAAGCGAUGGAGGACAAGGUCCAUAACAGCACUGGCAAACUGCAAGCUGAGCAGGACAAAGUCACAACAGUAACAGAGAAGCUUAUUGAGGAGAGCAAGAAAGCCCUACGGUCGAAUGCUGAGCUUGAGGAGAAAAUGUGUGGCGCCACCAAGGACAGGGAUGAACUCAAGGCCAAGCUCCAAGCCGAGAAGGAAAAGAGCAACGACCUGCAGUCCAAAGUUACCAUGAUGAAGAAGAGGUUGCAGUCACUGGAAGCUGCAGAGAGGGAAUUUCUGAGGAACAAAGCCAAAGAGGAAAACAUCAAGGCGCCCAUCGCCAACCGCUCCCAACAAGAGGACUACAAAGUCAAAGACCUUACGCAGGAAGUUGAGCGCCUGAGGCGAAAACUUAAAGAUAUGAAGGUUGUCGAAGAUGACUUGUUGAAGACUGAGGAUGACUUUGAGUCAAUGGAGAAGAGAUACUCCAGGGAGCAAGAGCGAGCAAAGGCCUUGAUGGAGGAGUUGGAAAUAUCCAGAAAUGAGCUCUUAAAGUACCAACUGGCAGAGAAGCAAGAGUCCAACCAGGAGCACAUCCUCUACAAGCGUCUGAAAGAGGAAGAGGCCAAGUCCAGUCAUCUGACCCGAGAGGUGGCUGCCCUAAAAGAGAAGAUCCAUGAAUAUAUGGGCACAGAGGAAAACAUCUGUCGCAUGAAAAACGAUCACUCCACCUUGCAAAGAAAACUGACUCUGCAAGAGGUGAAAAAUAAAGAACUGGCCAGAGAGAUGGAGACCCUCAAUCGGGAGCUGGAGCGAUACCGUCGCUUCAGCAAAAGUCUCCGCCCAGGCAUGAACGGCAGACGUUUCUCAGACUUACAGGUGUGCACCAAGGAGGUACAGACAGAUCUAGCAGACCACCUUCGACCCAACUACAAGAGCACCGCCCCACUGGAGCGGGCCGUGGUGAACGGAAAACUGUACGAAGAGAGUGACUCUGGGGACGAUCCAAACUACAACAAUGAGCUGCCCCUCGCCCAAUGUAACCCCUCCCUCUUCAACAAUGUCAACAACCUCAACAACAACAUCAGGAGAGUCCCCUUUCUCAAAACCAAAGAAAGCCACAACCCAGUCAAUGGCAAAGUGCAGGUUCCCAGACAGAAUGGGAACCAUGUGCAGCAAGGAGACGUGUUUCUGACACACAGCCCCGGGCAACCACUGCACAUCAAGGUAACCCCAGACCACGGGCAUAACAUGGCCAUGCUAGAAAUCACCAGCCCCACCGCAGAAAACACCCAGUCAUACACCAGCACUGCAGUCAUCCCCACAAGCGGAGGUCCACCCAAACAAAGAAUCACCAUAAUUCAGAAUGCAUCCAUCUCCCCGACCACCAGAAACAAAGGUCAAAGGUCCCCCUCGUCAGAUGGUUCCCCCUGCACUCCUGAUCGAGCCAUAUCUCCCUUCACCAUGACCACCUACUCUAGAGCGAUGACCCCAGACUCCUCUGGGUCGGUCACUCCAGACAGGGCUAUGUCACCCAUCCAGAUCGUGUCGGUCACAACAGGCACUCCUGACCGGUCCCUAUUCACGGAGCCAGUAGAGGUCAUGGGAGGUCAUGCAGUCUUCAGGGUGACACCAGAGAGACAGAGCAGCUGGCAGGUUCAGAGGUCCAACAGCUCCGGCCCCAACGUCAUCACCACGGAGGACAACAAAAUCCACAUUCACUUAGGGAGCCCAUUCAUUCAGAGCUUAAACACUACACCCCAGCCUGUGAGCCCAUGCUACUCACCUGGGCAGGAGCAGAGAUCUCCUGUAUCAUCCAAUGGUACCCCUGUCAAAGGCAACAGCAAAAUCACAAGUAGCAUCACUAUAAAGCCAACAUCCACCCCAAUCAAAAGGCCUUCACAAAUUACAAUCCCCUUGGAAGCAUUCCGACGCCCAGGUCCAACCAGGAUCCCCAAACCUAAAGCCUACAGUACAAAAGGAACAAACAGUGCGGUCAAUCCAGGGCAGAGCAAUAAAGGACAGCCCCAGACAGCUCUCUCCUCAGAGAAGACGCUGCAGGGUACUCAGAGUGCAGCCAACAACCUAAAUGUGGUCAACCGCCCCACUAGAAUAUAACGUCAAACACUUGGAUGUAUCAUCACAUUAUGAUCUCAAUUAUGAUGUAUUCCUGUUGCUACAAAGACUUCUGCUUUUGUGUGCCUCGGUAUUGAUAAUGAAAACACCAAAAUAGGAAGAUGAGUAGGCCUAGGUUAACUAGCAUACGUGUUUCACAAAGAAACAUUCACUGAUCUGUCUGUGUAAGCAGCAGGGACACAACUUUUACUGGGGACGGGGUUUUAUGAUUGGAAUGUGAUAAAAAACAGGCAGCGGGGUACUUUAGGACCAUGCAGACGCCUCCGAGCGGUCGGGUAGAAAAAAAUACAAUAUAUAUAUACAGUGCCUUGCGAACGUAUUCGGCCCCCUUGAACUUUGCGACCUUUUGCCACAUUUCAGGCUUCAAACAUAAAGAUAUAAAACUGUAUUUUUUUGUGAAGAAUCAACAACAAGUGGGACACAAUCAUGAAGUGGAACGACAUUUAUUGAAUAUUUCAAACUUUUUUAACAAAUCAAAAACGGAAAAAUUGGGCGUGCAAAAUUAUUCAGCCCCUUUACUUUCAGUGCAGCAAACUCUCUCCAGAAGUUCAGUGAGGAUCUCUGAAUGAUCCAAUGUUGACCUAAAUGACUAAUGAUGAUAAAUACAAUCCACCUGUGUGUAAUCAGGUCUCCGUAUAAAUGAACCUGCACUGUGAUAGUCUCAGAGGUCCGUUAAAAGCGCAGAGAGCAUCAUGAAGAACAAGGAACACACCAGGCAGGUCCGAGAUACUGUUGUGAAGAAGUUUAAAGCCGGAUUUGGAUACAAAAAGAUUAACCCAAGCUUUAAACAUCCCAAGGAGCACUGUGCAAGCGAUAAUAUUGAAUUGGAAGGAGUAUCAGACCACUGCAAAUCUACCAAGACCUGGCCGUCCCUCUAAACUUUCAGCUGAUACAAGGAGAAGACUGAUCAGAGAUGCAGCCAAGAGGCCCAUGAUCACUCUGGAUGAACUGCAGAGAUCUACAGCUGAGGUGGGAGACUCUGGCCAUAGGACAACAAUCAGUCGUAUAUUGCACAAAUCUGGCCUUUAUGGAAGAGUGGCAAGAAGAAAGCUAUUUCUUAAAGAUAUCCAUAAAAAGUGUUGUUUAAAGUUUGCCACAAGCCACCUGGGAGACACACCAAACAUGUGGAAGAAGGUGCUCUGGUCAGAUGAAACCAAAAUUGAACUUUUUGGCAACAAUGCAAAACGUUAUGUUUGGCGUAAAAGCAACACAGCUCAUCACCCUGAACACACCAUCCCCACUGUCAAACAUGGUGGUGGCAGCAUCAUGGUUUGGGCCUGCUUUUCUUCAGCAGGGACAGGGAAGAUGGUUAAAAUUGAUGGGAAAAUGGAUGGAGCCAAAUACAGGACCAUUCUGGAAGAAAACCUGAUGGAGUCUGCAAAAGACCUGAGACUGGGACAGAGAUUUGUCUUCCAACAAGACAAUGAUCCAAAACAUAAAGCAAAAUCUACAAUGGAAUGGUUCAAAAAUAAACAUAUCCAGGUGUUAGAAUGGCCAAGUCAAAGUCCAGACCUGAAUCCAAUCGAGAAUCUGUGGAAAGAACUGAAAAGGUCGCAAAGUUCAAGGGGGCCGAAUACUUUCGCAAGGCACUGUAUGUGUGUGUCCCCACCUCUAAAACCAAAGUUGCGCCCCUGGUGAGCGGUAAUUGUAGUAAUUGAUCAAUUAUGAGAUAUAUAUAUAUAGAUAUAUAUGUAUAUAUAUGUAUAUACAUAUAUAUAGGCUACUGUUAUUGCUAAUACCAUUAAAAUAUGAAUGUGUAUUAUCCCCUUGAAACAUUAACUGUAUUGCUAUUUUAAUGUGGUAGACCUAUCUAAUUUACAUCCACUACUUAAUUAGUCUAAUUCUAUGAGUGGCAAAAAAAGGAAUGCUAUUAACAGUUUGAAUAAUGUACAUGUGUAUUAUUGGUAUUUUAUGUUGAAUGCGACCUCAGUGAUGAUCUCUGAAAUGUAAUGAUCAGACUAUUAAUUGGUUAUCAAUAAAUAUUGUUUUUAUACCUACAUAUACAUAUA